UAUUGUUGGUUUCAAAGCUGUUCAAGUCAUCAAGCUUCACAUUCACUCGCUUCUUCACUCGCUUCUUCAGUCACUCUAGCUAUUUUCUUAAAGAACAUCUAGAACAACCUGAACACAUCAAAGCAGCCAUGCCGCAUGCCACCACUCCUUCCGUUAGUUCAGAUGGGUCGGCCAGGAGCCGUCAUCGUCACCGUGACCGUGACCACCGCCGUCACAGCAUGGUUUACCUCGAAGAGCCUGAGCCAAAGCAGUUCCGUUUCUGCGCAGAACUGACCCUUCAGAUCCGAAGCCGUCGGGCUGAUCAUCGAAGCUCAGAGUCUCUUGAGGACGAGAUCCUCUACUCCCUUACCAAUGGAGGCAUCAAGUCUCAAAUUCUUUCGGAUUAUCCAUACGACCACCCCACACACACUCACACGCCUUCCUACAAAGUUUGGACUAUCACCAGCGACCACUCUAUCCAGUCCAAGCCUACCGAGUACAAACACGCCAUGAAGUUUGUCUCUCCUCUCUUCCGCUUCUCCUCCUUCGACACCUGGAUCCAACAUUUCGAGAGUUUCAUGCAAGUCCUCAACCGAGACUUUGAGACCACUUCUACACACGAAUGCAGCACUUCUAUCCACCUCGCUCCCCUGGACCAGGACCACCCAGAGUGGACACGUUCCGAUAUCCGCGCCCUUUCCAAGUCCAUUCUCUACUUCGAGUCCUGCCUUGACGCUGUCAUGCCUCUCUACCGCCGCACCUCUGUCUUCGCCAAGAGCAACCGGUACAACAAGCAAAUGGCCAACUUGACCACAGCCGAGUGCUUCUCACACCUGGACUCCCUCAGCAAACGGAAAUAUAUUGCGGCCCACAUGGUCCGCUGCGAUCCCAACUCAUCCACGGGCCGGGCCCUCGGCCAGCGGUCCGACUUUCCCCAUUCCGGCUACCGAUGGAACUUUCUCAACCUCGUGCACAACAAGUCUCGAGGCACGAUCGAGUUCCGCCAGCCUCCUGGCUCCACGACCCCCGGUGAAGCCAUCGCCUGGAUCAUCCUUGCCGUGUGCUUUGCUCAGGUGGCCUGCGCAAAGGGUGACUCGCUCCGGCCCAAGGAACGCCCCAACGUGGAGACACUGGGCGAUUGGGUGUACAGGGAGGCAGUACGGGCCAACGUUCCUUCGGAGCACAGGAGGAGGUUGAGGCAGUUGUUUGAUGAUGCCAUGCCUAUCGUCUCUGACUCCAAAAAGGCCGACUUGAGCAUCGUCCCGGCGGAGCCGCCGAUUACGGUGCAUGACAAGCAUGGCUUGAUUUGGAGGGAGAAAGGCGAGAGGAACGUGGCGAUGGAGAAGUUUGAUGGGUUUUUCAUGGACCCGGUGUUGAGUAUGUGGGGAGAUUCUUCGAGGCUUUAGUACGUUGUCUCUGCUAUCCUCGCUAUUUUUUUUUUUUUCUUUUUUCUUUUUUCCUUUUCUUCAGAAGCUCUUCAAAGAGUUUCUUCCCCCCUUUUUUCUGAACUUUUAGCGUUGUUUCCUUGACCUCUUUCUUUCCUUUUUACCUACAUAGCUGUCGCCCAGAUUGGCAGAUGGAAACAUCAUGACAGCAUACCUACACCUACGGGGGGAAUAACCGCGGUGCAAAAUUUUGGGAAUAUGGGAAGCAUCAACGGUGGCUCCUUUUUUUUUUUUUUUUUUUUUUUUACAAAUUUUACGGUCAACGGCGUUUUGGAUCAAAUAUGUAGCAUGCAUGCAUGGUAUGGGCAUACCGGUUGGGAGGCACAAGCAGCAAGUCUGACUUAAGUACUUGGACUUGAUCAUCUUUAUGAUUUUAAUCUGCUCCUGAUUUUAAUCUCCAGAUAAUGAUAUAAAAUGUUAAUUACUUGCUUUUUACAUCAUUUCUAUCAUGUAUCUUAUUCACUGUAAUGGUCAAUCGUAGUAUGGUAUAAAAUUAAUUAAUAACUUUCCC